AUGACUGACGCAGUCAGCACCCUUCCGGCCAUAGACGACAAGCAGUCUACCUCGGACAUAUCUGACGAGAAGAAAGGCGUCGAUGGCGUCGAGAUCUCUGAGGACGCCAUCAUGGCGAAGGAGGUCGAGGAGUUCGAGGAGCGGCUCCAGAAAGACGAGGCCACGGAAGGCGAGUACCUCGUCCAGGAGGCUUACGAAGUCGCCAUCAAGGUCUUGUCCACCCGUGAUGACCCGGAGCUCCCCGCGCUCACUUUCCGCACCUUCUUCCUUGGCCUGGGUUUCUCGGCCUUCGGAGCUGUGUUGGCUCAAAUUUACUACUUCAAGCCCCAAACACUUUCCGUGUCAACGCUUUUCUUGCUAGUCUUGUCGUACUGGUUCGGAAAUGGACUCCAUGCCUUGCUCCCGUCUCAUGGGCUGUUCCGGUGGAUAAAUCCAGGGCCUUUCAACAUCAAGGAACACGUGGCUAUCAUUAUCAUGUCCUCCACCGCGGCCGUCUCCGCUACCGCUAUCCAAGUAAUCUCGGUCCAGGAUUUGUACUAUAACAGGACGCUUAAUCCCGGUUUGGCUAUCUUCACUCUGAUCGGGUCGCAGUUGCUCGGAUAUGGGUAUGCGGGUCUGCUGCAAGACAUGCUCGUCAAACCCACGAAGUGUUUCUGGCCGACUACCAUUUCCACCGCGAAUCUCUUCCAGGCGCUUCAUUUCGACAACCAGAUGACAUCGAAGCGCGUCCGUGUUUUCUGGACUAUCUUCGUUAUCAUGUUCUUUUGGGAGAUAAUCCCACAGUGGAUAUUCCCGCUACUCACCGGUAUCUCAAUCUUCUGCCUCGCCAACAACCACAGCAUCGUAUUCCGCAACAUAUUCGGAGGCGCGAGCAACAAUGAGGGCAUGGGCCUCCUGUCGUGGUGCCUCGACUGGAAUCUCAUCGGUAGCGGCUGCUUGUUCAGCCCCAUCUGGCUGCAGAUCAAUCAGGAUAUCGGUAUCUGCUUCACGUACGUCCUUAUGGCUGGCGUCUACUACGGCAAUCUGUGGAGAGCGAAGGACUUCCCCUUCAUGAGCCAGGCUAUCUUUGCGGCGGACGGUUCACAGUACAACCAGACUGCCCUCCUGACGAACGGCAAGUUCGACCCCGUGAAAUACGAGCAGCUUGGGCCUGCGUUCUUCUCUGCGACAAAUGCGCUCGGGCUAAUGACUUCCAACCUCUCGCUCGGCGCGACGUUCACUCACGUCUUCUUCUGGCACUGGCAAGACAUCAAGCCCUUCAUCAAGUCGUUCAAUCCCUGGAAUAAGACCCAGCAAGUCGUUCACGACCCGCACUACGAAAAGAUGAAGGUCUACAAGCAGAUUCCGCGCUGGUGGUACGCCAUCCUGCUCGUAGCAGCGUACGCGAUCGCGCAGGCCACCAACUACGGCGGACACUCAGGCUUGCCGUGGUGGGCUCUCACGGUCAUCCUCCUCAUCUCUGCGACCAUGUCGCUGCUGUUCGCGACGCUAGCGGCCACGAUCGGGUUCUUCCAGUUCAACACGUCCUCGAACGGGUUCUACCAGAUGAUCACCGCGUACCUGGUUCCCGGGGACCCCAUUGCCAACAUGUACGGCGCGCUCUACGGCCAGCAUCCGCAGGACCAGUGCAUCUUGAUGCUCGGCGACUUGAAGCUCGGCCAGUACGUCAAGCUCGCGCCCCGUAUCACGUUCUCUAUGCAGGUCAUGGGUACCGUCAUCGGUGCUAUCCUGAACUACGUGAUGAUGGUCACGAUCAUCGAUGCGAACCGUGCCGCUCUCCUCUCCAUCUCCGGCACGCGCCUGUGGUCGGGUCAGAACGCCCAGGGCUUCAACUCCAACGGCAUAUCGUGGGGCGGCCUCGGCCCGCAGAUGUUCGGAAUCCACGGCGUGUACCACAUGGUGCCCAUCUGUCUCGCGAUUGGCGUCUUCUGUCCUCUGCCAUUCAUCGCCGCCUGGUACAUCUGGCCUAAGGCGAGGUUGUUCGAGAACUUCAGCACGCCCAUCAUCCUCCAGUACUCGUGCUUCCUGUCCGUCGGCAUAAACACCUCGGUGAACCCGUCGAUGGCCAUCGGCAUCUUCUCGCAGUGGUGGGUGCGCACGCGCUACCCGCGCUGGUUCACAAAGUACAACUACAUCGUCGCUGCGGCCCUCGACGGCGGCACCCAGGUUAUCUCGUUCAUGCUCAACUUCGCCGUCUUCGGUGCGUCCGGGAACGCGCACAGCUUCCCACAGUGGUGGGGGAACGAUUUUAACCUAUCUGCGGACCGCUGCGCGCUGCCAGCUAACUAG